AUGGCUAUUUGAAAUGAUGAGGAAAAAACUAUAGUGAUUUUAAUGAGUUUUUUAUCUUUACUCCCACUGAAAGAUUUUUACUAGUAUUUUUUUUUUAAAAAAAUAUUUAAAUUAUAGAUAUAAUUAGUUACUAAAAUUUCUGAUCGGCUCCCACGAGCCAAAGAUGGAUUUCAUGCGUGAAAAUCCAGAAAUUCCACGUGAAAACCCAUUUUUGGCUCAUGGGAGCCGAUCAGAAAUUAAGUCAAAAUAUUAUAGAUAUUUUUAAGAUUUUAAACUAUCUCAAUCUGCAAACAUUUAGAUAGAAAAGGUUAAUUUAAUUUAUAAAUUUAUGAUUAAGAAAUUAAGUAUUUAAAAUUUAAUAGAAAUAUAGAAAUUAAAAAUUUUUGACUAGGUUCUUACUCUCCCCUCUAUGAGUGAACAAAACCAUUAGAAAAAUCCCUAUUUUUUGCUCAAAAACCCACCUCCGUGAGUGAACAAAAAAAUUUUUUAUAAUAAAGUGAUAAUUAUUAUAAUGAAAUCUAGAGCUAAUUCUGUUUAAUUUUAAACAAAUUGCGUUUUAAAAAAUAAAUUUUAUAAAUUAAAUUAAUAUUUGCUUUCCUAUUUUUGCUUUUAUAAAUUCCGAAAAAAAAAUAUUUUCUAUAAAAUUUAUAUAAAUUUUUUUUACAAACAAAAUUCACCCCCUCCGUAAGCGAACAAAAUUUUUUUGUUCACUCACAGAGGUGGGGGUUAAAGAAGUGAUAAUAUUCUUAAGAAUAGAUAUUAAUAGCUUUAUUCACUCUUAAAAGGGGAGUUAGUGAUGAGCGUCUGAAUUACUUUUAUUUAUCUCAAAUUUAAAGAACUCCAAAGACACCCUUCCGGACUCUUCUUUUGGAUCUCAGUUUUUGACAUAGGGAUCUCGCAGCACACGAUAUCUCUUUUCCUUAGUCCCCGAAUUGCGUCUGCUGGGAAUUAUCUAAAAGAAUUAUUUUACGUUUUAAGCUUCCACCAAAUGACAUCAAAAGAAUCUGAUGAUAUAUCAUGUGCUAUAAAUCAGAUGAUGCUUUGUGGAUUCUUAUCUGGAAUGAUGUGCUAUAAUAUCUGUGUAUGCGUAGACUUGAUUAUAACUAUCAGAAAUCCACUUAUAGAAGGGAGAUCUAGGAUGAAAUAUUAUCAUCUCUGCUCUAUAAUUGUGACCAGUGGAGAAGUUAUUUACAAUAUCGCAAAAAACUUGUCGUCAAGGGAGUGUCAAAGUUCCAAUGACAGCUUUAUUGAUGAAUUAAUGAACUUUGGUGUCCUUACAGUGCUCUUUUUUAUAUAUUUGGUCGUUGGAAUCGUCUCAUUCUUUUACGCGCUUAUCAAGCUUUCGAAUGAAAUGAUUCCUCAGCACAAUGCAGCGAAAAUUUACUUCAGAAGGCAUAUCUUGUAUAUUACAAUUUUCUGGCUGUUAUGAGGGGUCGCUGCAAUCGCGUACUGGUCCAAUGAUAUGCUGAAUUCCUAUGGGAGCUAUCUGUGCAUUUUUCUUAUUGUAUCUGCAGGAUUUAUUCUUGCAGUAAUAAGGAACUCAGAAUCAGCAUUUUUGAAAAAGUCAAUCUAUUUUUUAAGGAGAAGAAAGGUAAAAGACACCAUGAAAGAGCCUCCUGAUAUGUGGAACACCCCAAUUUCUAAUAUAAUUUACAGCGAUUUAAAAGCCCAAACGACUUUUUGCAUUCUCUCAGGUCUAUACGAAGCGAUGAAAAACUCGCGAAGUUCUUCUUUUAUUGCAUCACAAGCCACUUUUACUGAGCGUGAUUAUGCUGCUAGAAUUAACCACGAAGUGAAAUUAAACCCUUACAACAGCCAAGGCUUAAACAUUUUCAAGCUUCAGGCUCCUUAUUUUGUCGUCACUGAGUACGCUCCGUCUGUUUUUGCUCAUCUGAGAUCAUUUGAUAAAAUUGAAAAAUAUUUAAUUCUUGAGUCUUUGAACCCUGACAAUAAUUUAUCAGCGCUCAUUAAGAUCCAUGAGAAAAAAGGAGGGUCAGGCAGUCUUUUUAUGUUUACAGACGAUCAAAAAUUCUUCAUGAAAACUAUUGCGAAAAAAGAGAGACAGUUUUUUAUAAGAGAUUUGCUUAAAGGAUAUCACCAUCAUAUUAAGAAAGAAGAGAAAUCUAUAUUGUGUAGGACUUAUGGACUGUUUACUAUAAGAGUACCUGGGCUAAGCCCAAUAGAGCUGAUGCUUGGACAGAAUUUGAUGGUCCCUGGUAUCCUUAAGUAUUAUGAUUUGAAGGGUUCCUCAAUUAAUCGGCAGACUAAUUCUCCAGAAGAAAAUUUUAUAGGACCCUUUAAAGAUGGGGACUUUAUUGCGGACCAAAAUGAGCUCGUUCUCCACCCAAUGGUAAGAGACAGCUUGAUGGAAGGAAUACAUGCAGAUGUCCAAUUUCUGCUUAGACAUGGCAUCAUGGACUAUUCAUUAUUAGUUUUUAUCAUAGAUAAACCGAGAAAUUUUACUGAUCUCAUUCCUGAUGCUUAUAACCAAGAAUGGUAUAAACUUUCAAUCAUUGAUUAUCUUGGGAAAUAUGAUUAUGCAAGGAAGAUGGAGCAUUACUAUAAGGCUGUCAAGAUCGGACAAAACGUAUAUCUGUGCUCUGUAGUCGACCCUAAGCGCUAUGCUAACCGUUUCUUGAAUUUUUUACAUACAAGAGUGCUAGCUUUCCCUUAUAAAAAAUUAUUUUUCUUGAAUUGUCUAAAUAAUUAUAUAGAACUUAAACUUUGAUUUAAAAUAAUCUUUAACUAUAUAAAAAAAUGCACUUGCUCAUAGAGGUUGCAAAUUUCUCGAAAUUAGGAUUUUUUACUAUUUUUCCAGAUCUUUAGAGAGUAAGAACUUUUGCAUCAAUCAUAGGAUCCUGCGAUGAGCGAUUUUAG